UCAAAUUAAAAAGCUUUCAUAGACUGUCAUACCGUAAUAAUCUGUUAACAGCUGUCACAAUCUUAUUGGACGGUGUCAUUCAUAAUUUAUUGCUCAAUUUUGCGGCGUGUUAUUUCUAAAUAUUAGACGAAACUAAUAAAAAAAAAUAAAAAAAUGAGCUUGGAAAUAGAGUCGAUGGUGCGUUAUGCAUCACCUAUUAAUCCGGCGGUGUUUCCUCAUCUAACGCUGCUAUUGCUCGGCAUCGGCAUAUUCUUCACGGCCUGGUUUUUCGUCUACGAAGUUACAAGCACCAAAUUGUCCAGAGACUUAUUUAAAGAACUUCUUUUAUCCUUGGUCGCCGCAUUAUUCUCUGGAUUCGGUAUUUUGUUCUUGUUAUUAUGGGUGGGCAUUUAUGUGUGAUAUUGAACUAAUUAAAAUUUAAUCUGUUUUGGCAUUCCUGGAGAACAUGUGUGGUUGAUUAUCAGUGAUUAAAUGAGUUUAUAUGUUUAAGAAAUAAAUUUUUAUAUUUAAUAUU